AUGUACGGCUUGCUGUUGGAGAAUAUGGCGGAAUACAUCCGUCAGAAUUACGGAGAAGAAAGAUGGGAGGAUAUUAGGCGUCAAGCUGGUGUGGAACAACCAUCAUUCUCGGUACACCAAGUGUAUCCUGAGAAUUUAAUCACGAGAUUGGCUAAAAAAGCCCAGGAGGUGUUAGGCAUAUCAGAAAGAGAAUUUAUGGAUCAAAUGGGAGUAUACUUUGUAGGUUUUGUCUCACAGUACGGCUACGACAGAGUUUUAUCAGUUUUAGGUCGACAUAUGCGGGAUUUUCUGAACGGUUUGGAUAAUUUACACGAAUACUUAAAAUUCAGUUAUCCAAGAAUGAGAGCCCCGAGUUUUAUUUGUGAAAAUGAAACGAGACAGGGAUUGACAUUACACUACCGAUCGAAACGGAGGGGCUUCGUUUAUUACGCGAUGGGACAAAUUAGAGAGGUAGCCCGUCACUUCUACCACAAGGAGAUGCGUAUAGAGUUAUUACGAGAGGAACUACUUUUUGAUACUGUUCAUGUAACUUUCCAACUGACUUUCGACAAUCGUGCAUUCACCCUGGCCUCGCUAGCAAUGACAAGGGAAGAAAAACAUCUGCCUAUUAGCGCCUCGGUCCUGUUUGAGAUAUUCCCGUUUUGUAUUGUCUUUGGUUCAGACAUGGUAGUUCGCAGUAUCGGCAACUCCCUCAUGGUGAUUCUGCCGGACCUGGUGGGAAAGAAGAUCACCAACUGGUUUGAUCUCGUGCGACCGCUCAUAGCGUUUAAAUUUCAAACAAUUUUAAACAGGACGAAUAAUAUCUUCGAGUUGGUGACAGUGGAAGCAGUUAUGCAUGAGAAGGCUCCCGACAAACGGAACGAACUCAUCAGACUGUCUGACGAAUCUGACACAACCACUGAGAAGAAUUUACGACUCAAAGGCGCUAUCAAGAAGAAAAGAUUUGCAUACGAUGGAAGGCAGUUACCCGAUGUUAUAAAUUUACAUCUCAAAGGACAAAUGAUAUACAUGGACAAUUGGCGUAUGAUGAUGUAUCUUGGCACGCCAGUGAUGCCUGAUCUGGCAGCGCUUGUCUCAACAGGACUAUACAUAAAUGAUUUAUCGAUGCAUGACUUUAGCAGAGACCUAAUGCUCGCUGGUACACAGCAAUCAGUCGAACUCAAGCUAGCUUUGGACCAGGAACAACAAAAAAGUAAGAAGCUCGAAGAAUCUAUGCGGAAAUUGGAUGAAGAGAUGAAAAGAACAGAUGAACUGCUGUAUCAAAUGAUACCGAAACAAGUUGCAGAUAGAUUGAGGAACGGAGAGAACCCCAUUGACACUUGUGAGAUGUUUCACAGUGUGUCCAUAUUAUUCUCCGAUGUAGUGACCUUCACUGAGAUCUGUUCCCGCAUCACUCCGAUGGAAGUGGUCUCAAUGCUUAAUGCUAUGUACUCCAUAUUCGACACGCUAACUGAACGUAAUCGUGUCUAUAAGGUUGAAACAAUAGGUGACGCUUACAUGGUGGUGUCAGGAGCGCCAGAAAAGGAAGAUAAUCAUGCUGAGAAGGUCUGCGACAUGGCGCUUGAUAUGGUAGACGCGAUAACAGACCUUAAAGAUCCUAGCACUGGUUCCCAUUUAUCUAUACGAGUUGGAGUUCAUUCUGGUGCAGUGGUGGCUGGGAUCGUCGGUUUGAAGAUGCCUCGCUACUGUCUUUUCGGUGAUUCAGUGAAUACAGCAUCACGUAUGGAAUCAACCUCUGAAGCAAUGAGAAUUCACAUCUCACAGACAACGCAGGAACUAUUAUCGCCAUCCUACAAAGUCACUGAGCGUGGCGAAAUACAAGUUAAAGGGAAAGGUGCUAUGAAAACUUAUUGGUUGGAAGGACGAGAAUCCAGGCCAUCGCUGACCAAACUAAUUUCAUCCCAAAUUCAACCAGUAUCAGAAUUAGAAUGGGAAAGAGCAGCUGACGUACGAGAUAGUAUCGCCGAAUAUUCAGCACAGCAAAUGAAUAAUAAGGAAACAAAUAUCCAUCUUCCUAACGCAAUUAAUUCAGGACCUAAUUCUCUAAGCAAUAACGCUGGUAAUACAACAUUCCAACCAUCUACUCCAACUGUGAAGAGUCCCACAGCGCCUACUAUGAUGUCACCUGCUGAAGAGAGACGGAUGUAUUCUCCUGUCACUUUCCAGGACGUCGCUAGAAGAAGUAUUGCCAAUUCACCGAAUAGAACAGAAAAGGAUAAAGAAUCAAGAUCGACUACAGCGAGUGUGGGAGGUCAAUGGACUGAUGCAGAAUCCUUGGACCCUCAGCGUACUCUAGAUAGCCUAAACUCAUCUUUCUGUUACAGUUCAACGUCCCCUUGUAGGGUUGGUACUGCACCGGCUACAAAAUGUGAUGACUUCUUUACAGAACCGAUGACACGCGAAUCUCCGGCACACUCCGCACCAAUUCUACCAGCAUUACCUGCGCCAGCUCUCAUGAGGAACAGCCUCGAUGAUAUUGAAACAGAUACAGAAUAUCAAGACGCGCACACAGAUCACAUCUGCGUCACAUCAGAAAACGCUGAACCACCAAAACAAGGCAAAGUCAGCAGAUUCCGAGCCCGUAUAGUACCAGGGCAGCAUAAAGUGUGUGCGUUAAAAAACUCAACCAAAGAUUCUAUCAAAGAAAAACUUCAACAAUCAACGAACGUACAACCGCACGGACAUCAUCACACAAAGAAUGUUAAUCAUCACCAAUGCUGCGGUGCGUUCGGAAACCCGCAUGUACGUCACAAAACUAGUUCUAGCUGUCAUUUGUUAUAA